AUCAGAGAUCUGAGAGAACAGGAUUCUGACAUUUAUUACUGUGGGACUGAUAUUUAUGCAAAAGUAGAUUCCUACACUGAAGUGAAUCUGAAAGUUGUAACAGCAGCUGAUUGUUGUGAGAAGAGCAUCAGUCUCUCAGCUGCUGCAGGAGGAUCUGUGAACAUCAGCUGCAGAUACCCACAAUCCCACAGUGCUCAUGUGAAGUUUGUCUGCAGGAGAUCUGGAUCUGAUCUCUGUGCUGAAGAGACGUCUGUGAAGGAGAGCAGAAGAUGGAGCGCUGAGGGACAGAUGCAGCUGUAUGAUGACAGAGAGCAGCAGCUCCUGACGGGAAUCAUCAGUCAUGUGACUCAACAACAUUCAGCUGAAUACUGGUGUGGAGUUCAGUCUGAUCAAGGACACAAGAGCUUCAUCACACGAGUCCUCGUCAGUGUUACAGAUGUUCCAAAAACGACAUCAUCAUCAUCAUCAUCAUCAUCAGCUUCUGUUUUCAAAACUUCUACAUCUACCAUCACAUCAGAGUCUUCUAACAAGUUAAAAGGUUUAUAUCUGAUCAUCACUCUGGUUCUGGUUCUUCUGGUUCUAAUCAUCAUUGGUGUCUUGUUAGUGUUUCUCUAUAUGAAGCAUCAGUCUCGAGCAGGCGGUGAUUCAUCAUCUCAGACUGGAGCAGAAAAACAUGAAAUGGUUUUUCACACUGGUGGUGAUUAUGAGGAGAUUAAAGACACUCACAAACAAUUACCCACAAACCCCUCUGUUAUUCCUGACUGUGUUUACGCUACAGUUAAGAAAGCCACUGGUGACUCUCAGAUCUUGAUCACAUCUGCUGAGGAUCUGAAUUACGCCGUGGUGAAUUUCCAGAAGAAUCCGAACUGUCCUGACAGUGUUAAUUACUCUGUGGUGGAUUUCCAGAAGAAAGCAGACUGUCCUGACAGUGUUAGAUUGAGGUAUAAUCAGGAUUACAGUGAAUACGCUGAUGUCAAUCAUCUCACUGCCUGAUGAGCCUGAUGGCACCAUAUGAGCUUCAAUCUAGUAUUUCUGAACCUUUUUUGUAUAAAAUGUCUGGUUAUUAUCUGCAGUCAGAGCAAUGUAAAUAUAAAAGUAUGAACUCUUUGUGCAACAUGCAGGUGAAAUAUGAGAAGGCUAUAGCGAGCUGUUUAAUCAUAAUGAAAGAGCAUUAGCUGUCAACUUUGUUUUAAAAAAAACUAUUAAUAUAUGAUAUUAAUACAUUCUACAAUGUCACAUAUUAAAUAUAUGACAAUAAAAUAUUACAAAACAUAUUAUGGUGGUUCGUCCUGACAUGUAUUCUUAAUU